AUGGACGAUAUUCGCCGUCAACCACGAGACUCGGUGAGCAGCGAGACUUCAAGCAUUCACGAUCUUCAAAACAUCGAAGCCAACGAUCUCUCAAGCACAAUAAACGACGAAAUCGCCACCCAAUCGGCUCCGCCGUCACCCGAAGCCGCCACGAAAACGCCAACGAGCGGAGUUGGCAAUGAGUUAGACCAGGAAACGCCGAAAAGGCAGGUUUCGGUGCUUCGACGACGCCUCAGAAUCAAUCAAUCGGAUGAAAACGAGAAAAGCGAGCUGGAAAAUGAGCAGAGGACGCGAAAAACAUCGAGAAUCUCAUAUGCCGAUAGAUUAACAGUUAUUUGCGAUAAUAACUGCUACACGCCGGAAUGCUCACCGCCACAAACCCCAUCGCCGAAUCGCGUCGUCGACGACGCCGUCGAUUUUCAGCCGAAAACAUUUUUGCCGUACCUAUUCGAAGAGCUGACUCGCGGCUAUUCGCUUCAUAACGAUCACGCGCGAUUUUCGGAGAAGCGUCGAAAAAUCUACGCGUUCCUCCGAAUCCCGCUUGAACUCGAACGCUUCUUGUCGUAUGGCCUUCUGCAAUGCAUCGACGCAUUCUUCUAUUUGUUCACAUUUUUACCGCUUCGAUUUUUGAUGUCCCUAUGCGGUUUUGUGCUUCGAAUCAAACGAUGGACGUCGGCGGAAACGUGCGAUGUAAUUAAAGUCAUUAUUAUUUUAAGCGCUUCGAUGCUGAUUCGGGAAAUUGACUCGUCCAUUUUAUACCAUCAAGUGAAAAGUCAGAGUGUCAUCAAAUUGUACAUUUUCUACAAUAUGCUUGAAGUCGCUGAUCGGCUUUUCAGCAGUUUGGGACAGGAUAUACUUGAUGCCCUUUUUUGGACGGCCAAUUCGGAGCGAUUGACGAUUCGCAACUCGUUUCGCAUGCUUGUCCAUCUAAUUGUCGCCAUAUUCUACGCGACAUUGCACACAUUUCUCGUCAUUUUGCAGGCGACCACGCUGAACGUGGCGUUCAAUUCGCAUAAUCAAGCCCUUCUGGCGAUCAUGAUGUCGAAUAAUUUCGUCGAGCUCAAAGGUUCGGUGUUCAAAAAGUUCGCCAAAGCGAAUUUGUUCCAAAUGGCGUGCAGCGAUGUUCGCGAGCGAUUCCAUAUAUUCGCGCUCCUUUUUGUGGUGAUGAUACGAAAUAUGGUGGCUGUCAAUUGGAAUGUCGAAUCGCUCGGCGAAAUGAUACCCGAUAUGAUCAUGGUUAUUGGCGCUGAAUUGCUUGUCGAUUGGCUUAAACACGCGUUCAUCACGAAAUUCAAUGAAAUCAACGCGGAAGUCUAUAAAGAUUUUACGAUCACAAUCGCGUUCGACGUGAUCCGCAGCCGCGAGCAGACGGCGGUCAGCGAUUAUUCGGAUCAGGUCUCGCGACGAAUGGGAUUCAUUCCGAUACCGCUGUCGAUAAUGAUGAUACGCGUGCUGUCGCAGACGUUUUCCAUCGAGAAUCGCCUGUCGCUCUUCAUUUGUUUUAUCGGCUGGCUCAUUGUGUUUUUGGUGAAAAUCUUCAACGGAAUCGUCAUGGUCGGAAUGGCGUGCCAACACGUGAAGAAAUUCCGUGAAUAUCAGACGCGCUCCGAAUAUGAGUUGAUUCGAAAACGAAUGUUGGAGAAGAAGAGCAAAUCGGCGCCGAAUUCGCCGAGAAUGUCGCUCAUCGAUUUUUCGGACGUUUUGCACCAACCGGCUGCUGGAAAAGGCUUUACCGUAUCAGAUGUGCUCCAAUGGGAUGAAUAUCAGCCGUCGCCGCUGGUGGAGCCGCGUCGAAGCUCCGAGAGGGAGACGAGCGGCACGCUUCUGAAGGCUGAUGAUCGAGCGCCGCGGCGAGCUCUAAGCAUGGCCAAUAUUUUAAGUAAAGAGCAGAAGGCGUUGAGUGUUGAGGAGAGCGCGACGCCGGCGGCUUCUGAGGAGCCGACGACGCCGCAAACAUCGGCUGAGCAAAGCGGUCAAUUGUCGCCAAAAAAGAAAAUUGCGCCAACACCGGUGGCGAAUGGCGGCGAGUUGGCGGACACCAUGGCGUACACAAUGCCCGAGCAAGGCAUUCAACGAAUCGAAUAA